CGGAGCCUGGGCGGAGAGGGAGGAAAACUUCCUGGCCUGGGCUCGGGACCGCUGUGUCUGCCAACCCUGCAAUCCCGCCUGCCAGUGCCCGGCGCUUCCCCACCCCUCCCCCGGCUCCCCCAGUGUCCGCCAUGGCCAAAGCCUACGACCACCUCUUCAAGUUGCUGCUGAUCGGGGACUCAGGGGUGGGCAAGACUUGUCUGAUCAUUCGCUUUGCAGAGGACAACUUCAACAACACUUACAUCUCCACCAUCGGAAUUGACUUCAAGAUCCGCACUGUGGAUAUAGACGGGAAGAAAAUCAAACUGCAGGUCUGGGACACGGCUGGCCAGGAGCGAUUCAAAACAAUAACUACUGCCUAUUACCGUGGAGCCAUGGGCAUUAUCCUAGUAUACGACAUCACUGAUGAGAAAUCCUUCGAGAAUAUUCAGAAUUGGAUGAAAAGCAUCAAAGAGAAUGCUUCGGCUGGGGUGGAGCGCCUCCUGCUGGGGAACAAGUGUGACAUGGAGGCCAAGAGGAAGGUGCAGAAGGAGCAGGCAGACAAGUUGGCUCGGGAGCAUGGAAUCCGAUUUUUCGAGACAAGUGCCAAAUCCAGUAUGAAUGUGGAUGAGGCUUUUAGUUCCCUGGCCCGCGACAUCUUGCUCAAGUCAGGAGGCCGGAGAUCGGGAAACAGCAACAAGCCCCCCAGCACUGACCUGAAAACCUGUGACAAGAAGAACACCAGCAAGUGCUCCCUGGGCUGAGACCCCAUUCUGCCUCCCCACCCCUAGGCUGGCCUGAGCCUGAGGGAGGCAGGGCUGAGGGCCUGGGUGGGGGAGAAACAGCAGGUGGGGCUUGGAGGGAUGGAGAUGGGUAGGUGGUGGAAGAAGAGAAAGUGGAGAAGGAAAAAAAAGGAAGAAAAGAGAAGGAGAGGGGGAAAGAAGGAAAGGAGGGUGAAUAGAAAGGGAAGACAGGCAGGGAGAAGAGAAGGAACUGAGUUGGUGAGAGAAGGUGAGAAGUAGGGAGCGAGGGAGAAGGAAAGCAAGAACAGCCCUUGGCCCCAGACCUCCCCUGGGUUUCCAGAGCAAACGUAAAUGUAAAUAAAUAAUUGAUUUAUUCUGUUACGGGAUCAGCUUUUAGGGUCCUGUGAGAGGCUGGCUCAGCACCACCUUCAGAAAGUUUGGUCCUGUCCUGUCACUCUGCAGGUCUUUCUUGGUAUUAAAAGCCACCAUUUGCACAAA